AUGUUGGUUCUGUUCGAGACCCCCGCGGGGUUCGCCCUGUUCAAGGUUUUGGACGAGGCAAAGCUUUCAAAAGUCGAUGUGCGUGUUCGUUGUGCUAUAAUUUUAGUGGUACAUUUUCUGUAAGUUCUGUCCCUCCCAUUGAUGGAUGGAUUCUGAUUGUUUCAGGACCUUUGGAAGGAGUUUGACUCUUCCGAAUCUGCUAGACAGGUAAGACAACUUUUACUUUUGCUUCGUCUUCUUCUACUACUAAUUUUGUCAACUCAUGCUCGUUCGCUGGGUCAGUUGUUACUGAUUGUCUGCGUGUUCUUCAUAGGAAUUUGUCCACCUCUUAUUGCCUUCUUAUUUUUCUAAUGUAUAUUCUGACAGAUGCACUUUAGAGUCACAUUUACUGAAGUUUCCCAUUUUCUCUUGUUGCAGGUGGUAAAGCUUAAAGCUUUCAGUAAAUUUGAGAAUACAUCGGAAGCCCUUUCGGCUGCCACUUUGCUCAUCGAUAGCAAACCAAGCAAGACUCUCCGAAAGUUUUUGCGUACUCACUGCGAUGGGGAAACAUUGGCAGUGGCUGAUUCUAAGCUUGGGAAUGCGAUUAAAGAGAAACUGGUGCCUAUCUACCCUAAUCAUAAUCUUCUAUUAGUCGAUAUAAUUAAUUUAUUCUUGGGUAUUAAGUCUCACAUUCCUGGUCAACCCUCCACUCGUUUUUUGUGCGUAGAAAAUUGAUUGCCUUCACAACAAUGCGGUGAUGGAAUUGAUGAGAGGGUUGAGGAAUCAGCUUACAGAACUUGUGUCAGGCUUGGCCACCCAGGAUUUGGGCCCAAUGAGCUUAGGUCUAUCUCACAGCCUCUCUAGAUACAAGCUCAAGUUCAGCCCCGAUAAGGUAGAGUACAUUUUAUUUCUGUAGUAGAAAUUCACUGCUUGAACACACCGUUACAAGGAAACGGGUUUAUUUCAUGAUCAUUCUUUUUUCAUGAUCAUUUUAUUUAGCUUAGUAAGGUGCUUAGAUUUAACGUUAGGCAAAGGAUGCAAUUUUUUAUUUUUAUUUUUAUUUUUAUUCACUAAUCCAUGUUGUAAGACAUAUAUUCACACUCAUUUAAUCAAGUUACUCUAGCUCAUGAACGACACGAUUGGGUUAUAUAUUUAAUCAGGUGGACACUAUGAUAAUUCAAGCAAUUGGAUUAUUGGAUGACCUUGACAAGGAGCUAAAUACGUAUGCCAUGAGAGUUCGUGAGUGGUACGGGUGGCAUUUUCCCGAGCUCGCAAAAAUUAUACAGGACAACAUCCAAUACGCAAGGACAAUUAAACUGAUGGGUGACCGUGUUAAUGCGGCGAGUCUUGAUUUUUCUGAGGUAGCGCAUUUUUCACCUUGUAGAUCUUUAUGUGAAAAGUUAUUCCGUAUUUUGUUGGUUGUAAUGUUUCAUGUGAUAUGUAGGUCCUAACGGAGGAGAUUGAAGCAGAACUGAAGGAGGCUUCCAGCAUAUCCAUGGGCACUGAAGUCAGUGACCUGGACUUGGAAAACAUUAAAGCUCUUUGUGACCAGGUGUUGGCUCUUUCGGAGUACAGAGCUCAACUUUACGAUUAUCUGAGGAGCAGGAUGAAUACUAUUGCGCCAAACCUUACUGCUCUUGUUGGUGAGCUUGUUGGAGCCCGGCUUAUCGCUCACGGUGGCAGCUUGUUGAAUCUGGCAAAGCAACCAGGGAGCACUGUGCAGAUUCUUGGUGCAGAGAAGGUAAUUUUCUGUGAAAAACCCAUUUUGGAUCAUUGAUGGGAACGGCUGAGGAUUUGAUUUCUCUGUCAAUAAAGAGCGUUUGGCUAGUAAGGAUACCUCCAGACGGUUUUUAAUUUUUGGUAGCCUUCGCUGCAGUGAGCAGAUAAGGAUCUUGGAUUCUGACGUCAGAUAAAUAAUGAAUAAACAGUGCAUUCUCUCCUUGGAUCUAAGUAAAAUGCUCUGAAAUAAUGAAAAGGAAUCCGAAAGAUUGACCUUGUUAAAAGCUCAUCAGAUUAUGAUUUUUUCUCCGAAUCAAAGAACCUCGGUACAGUCCAUUCACAUAACCUUGGUAGAGCCCAUCGAUUAUUUUCUUAUGAUUCAUGGCAUGACUUCCCCACCUAGAAACAGAUUGAGGACUGUUUGCUCUUCUGCUAUUUCUUGGAGUUGUUUUCCGAAAGUUGUUCCGAAAGUUGUUUUUUUAGUGAAAAUAAUUUCCAUUUAAUGACAGAUAUUUGUUUACAACAUCCUCUUGAUUUUAUCUUUCGUGGGCUUCUCCAGGCCCUCUUUAGAGCACUGAAGACGAAGCACGCCACUCCCAAGUACGGGCUCAUAUACCACGCAUCCCUCAUUGGCCAGGCAGCCCCAAAGCUGAAGGGGAAGAUUUCGCGUUCUCUGGCAGCCAAAACAGCCUUGGCCAUCCGAUAUGAUGCUCUUGGCGAAGGCGAAGACAAUUCCAUGGGAUUGGAGAACCGUGCCAAGGUAGGCAUUUCGGGAAACUUGAGCUCCCUAACUUGGCUGAUUUCCUUGAUUCAUCACGCUUUAAUCCAUAUCUUUUUUCAAUUCUGUGAAAAUAGUUGGAGGCUCGCUUGCGGGUUCUUGAGGGCAGGGAGCUGGGACGCGCAGCUGGGUCAGCCAAGGGCAAGCCAAAGAUAGAAUUCUACGACAAGGACCGGAAGAAAGGGAUCGGAGCUCUCAUAACACCUGCCAAGGUCAACCUUUUUUCUUUCUUUUUUUUUCCUUUCUCAUCUUCAUCUGAUUGCUUUGGUUGUCAUUGUUCAGUGGAUGCCUUUCGGAAUUGAAUGCCAAACUAGUAAUUUCUAAUCUUGGCUGUUAUCUGUAUUUUAUAUAUAUAUAUAAAUUCUGCAGUCCUACAAUCCCGCGUCGGAUCUGGUCAUGGGGAAGACUUCUGAUCAGGCAAAUGGGAAACUGGAGGAUGCCAUGGUGGAAGCGAUUUCGAAGAAGAGAAAGCACGAGGAAUCAGAGCUGCCGCAGACCGGAGCCGGGUCAGAGGAAGCCAAGAAGGAGAAGAAGAGGAAGAAGAAGAAGGAGGCGGCUCCUGAGGAGGCCCAGACAGCGGAAGCAGAGGCCCCAGUCGCCGUGCCCGAGACCAAAGAGCCUAAGAGGAAGAAGAAGAAGAAGGAGGAGGCUGAGGAAGAGGUCGAGGUGAGGACUCCGGAGGACACAAAAGAGGAAAAGAAGAAGAAGAAGAAGAAGAAGCGGGAGGAAGAAGAAGAAGACACAGCGGCCAGAAGCAAGAAGGAGAAGAAGGAGAAGAAGAAGAAGGAGAAGAAGGGGGGAGAGUGA